UUUCAGAACUUUCAAAAUAAAAAGAUUUCCAAAUAUCGCAUUCCAUAAAUGUACUGCAAAAUAGGUCAGCGCUAUAUAACUACAGGAUAAAAAUACUUGGAGUAAGAAGUAUGUUCAGAUUGUGAUGGAUUAUAUUUUCCCUAAAUAGGAUUGCUAAAAACCUUGUAGCAUGGCGCACAAGCCCAAAUGCAUUAUGCUGAAUGAUCAGGUUAUACACAAAAUAAAUGCCAAUGGCUAAGGCUAUGAUCACAUGUAGCUGUUUUUUGGGCUGCAUACUGGGUCAGACUGGGUUGUGCAGGGCCCAUUAGUUUGCCGCCCCAGGGGCCUCAGCAGUGGCCUCCACACCCCCUCCAGGGGCACCACAGACCAACUCCAUCCCUCCCAAGUGUGCUUACAUUAUACCUCAACACGAUCAGGGAAAGGAGAUCAUGUCUGGGUCGUGGAAGCCCACAGAGUUAGUCCAACUCUGGCUGCAUAUAAAUGCAGAUGCAAGUAGCAGCUCAACCACUCAAAUCAGCCUGGUCUGGUAUCUGUGCUAAUAAGCACUGCUUCAGCCUGUGUACAGUCACAGAGCAGAUUUCAGUGUGAAAAUGCAUAUUGACACUUUUCUGUGCUGAAAUUCACUUUGUGUGCAGGUGAGUGGUUCAUCUGUUUCUUGGCCUGCAUUUAUACACAGACCAAAAACCAGCUUUGUGUAACUGUUGCCUAUGGUUCAGUUUCUUAUACUUUGUGUGGCUUUCUAGUGUUCAGUCUGUAAAUUCACCCUAACCACGCAUAACUGAAGCACUCUGCAUUAAGUUUUACAUAUGUAUUGUAUUGUGUUGUGUCCGUCCAUAUAAAUAGUAUAAAAUAUAAUACAUGAGGUAGCUCUUAUUUCAUGCACAAUUUGCCUUAGUAGUAUGUUAUUAAACUCAAAACAAACAUCCAAAAAGCUAAAACUUCUUACUGUUUAGGAUAUUUAUGUUAAAGCAUAAAUAAUCUGUCAUGUGCUGUUGCUUAGUAUUUUUUUCCAUUAGUCCCAUCCUGUCCCCCACUGUUGUGUGUACGUUGUACUGAUUUAGUAUCUUGAGUAUAAAAAAUACAGAAUGUCUGUGUGUGUCUUGUAGUGGAUAUUUAAGAGCAGUCUUUGCUUUUUUUCACAAUAGGGCAUUAAAAUGAUUUUUUAAAAACUAAAAAUCCCAGCAUUUUCUUAAAACAAAGCCCAUUUGCCUUACCGAUGUCAAUAGAAAAAAGUACAGUGCUAUGUAAGGGUUAACUUGUCUGUAGUAUCUCCCCCCACCAUCCUUCCUCUCUCCACCCUCCCCCUUUACUCUUAGCAUUAUGCAUAGCUGGAACCUCACCCUCCACCCCCCUCUCUCCUUCUGUCUGAUUCAAUCCCUUCUUCCUACACACCCUUCUCUUUCACUCUCUGGGAAUUCCUCUCCAAUGCAAAGGUUGCCCAAGCUAUAAGUCCCUAGUCUUUACAUUGUACAUCUGUAUUUGCUUUAAGGGUCUGAAGGAAUUGGGCUCACUUGAAGACGUGUGACGCUUUGGGACUUUCCACAGAGAAACGCUACAUAUUCUUAUGUUUUUGGGUUUAAGUUUAACAAAGGAAACUGCUCCAGACAUCAGUUCACUUCUCCUAACAUCAAGGCAUCCUGCUGGGCUAUAGGAUGUAUUAGAGGGGAUUGUGCCUGCUUACUCACAAUAAAGGUCCACUACCUCAAACAUGCCUCCUGGACAUAGCCAGAGACAAUAAAGGUAUCCUAAGAUAGGACCAACCCCAAGUCUUGAAUCCAUCAUUCUAAAGAUGAUGGAGGUCCCUGACUGGAAGGUCCACCUUUUGGAGAGAAGACGAAAAGAAGAAGAGGAAUUAAAGAAAAGAGAAAGAGAGGAGGAGGAACGUCUUGCUAAAAUGCCAGCAUGGAAAAGAGAAAUUAUAUUGAGAAGGAAGGCCAAGGCUGAAGCAUGUGUAUUAGAGAUAAAAGCUGAGGUGGAAGAAGAGCAGGAAGAGAGCACAAAAAUGGUGAGUGGAGUUCAAGAAGAAAAAGAAGUGUGUGUAUUAAGUGAGAAAAUUGGACCAGUUCAGCAGAAUCCAUUUAUUCAGCAGGAGAAGCAGAGAAGGAUGCCUGAGUAUUCCUGUUUGAGAAAACCUCUUCCAGAUUCGCCUAUCUCCCGCACAGUUCGGACAGAUGAUAUGGUCAGAGGUUUGAAUGCCACUCAAAUGGAAGAGGAUCAGAAAGCCCCCAGAGAUGACAUAUAUUUAAUGCCUGAUGAAGGAACAGGGAUUGUUAGCAGACUUUUAAGCCGAUUUGGACGUUCAUUGUCAGAAGGUGAAAAUGGUGCGUCAGGUAUGCAACUGGUAAAUGGGGAGUUAGAAAUGAUGUCUAAGACAUGUUCAGAUAUUGUUAAAUCUGACAGUCAAGCUUCUGCAAUGCUUGCUCAACACCCUCCUUCUCCUUCCUGCCCUAGGGCUGCCACGGGAAACCAAACUUUAACUCAGGAAACUUCUCUCUCCUCCCUCACUCCCCCAUACACAUCCACUUCCUGUACUGACUCUGAAACAGCCGUGCUCUCACCCUGCAUGGCCUCCAUGGCCAAAAGUGGACUCUGUGCAAAGCUUAGUAUGACUGAAGAAGCCAAGCCUUUUCCUUUUCAAUUACGUCCAGCUUCACCAGCUUCUUCUAGACAAAUAAAACAGACUAUUCAGUCUUCAGUAGCAUCUAACAGGCCUGAAAUCACCAAACAUGGCACAGGGCAAGUCGAAGAGGAGGGAGAAGGGGUGUCAGCCCACAAUAGAAUUAUCUGCAAUCCCUGUGGCAACAAGCAAGGGACAGUUGAAAGCCAAGCUAUGCAAAGGAGGAAAGGCAAUACAAUUACAGUUAACCCACGUAAAAUGGCUGGUUGUGAAAAUGGUUUUGUUGCCACAGAGACUAAGGCCCCAGUUUCUAAAACAGAUUCUGGUAAAAAGCGUUAUCCAACAGUUGAUGAGAUAAAAGUGAUUGGGGGCUACCAGGCUGUAGGCAGGUCCUGCCUGGCCAAGCACUCUCGUGACAAGAAAAAGUUAAAUAUCUCUUUCCCUGACUCUGAACUGGAGAGCACAUUUGAGUAUCCCUCAGAGAGCUCCCUCUUAGCUGAAUUUGGACCCCCAGAUGAACCAGAGGCCAUUGCAACACCAGUUCCUCAAACUGAAGAUGAUGAAGAAGAGGACAGUGUCUUAUUAGGGGGUAUCUUGAGAAGAAAAGCCCUUAUAGUCGACGAGUCCUGCAAACGUUGAGGGAAUUUCAAGAAUAAUUUUGGGAAAAGAGCACAAGAAACCUGUGGAAUUUCCAUUUCUACAAAGAGGGCAUUGUAAAACAAGAGAACCUGCCCCCCAUGGCUUAGUUUACCAGUGGUUCUACAAAGGUUUACUGAAUACAAAGGACUGUACAGCCAAACAACCAAAAGCACCUGGAAGAAUUGUUAUGUUAAACAUCUGACCAGAAAAACAAACUUUUGAAAUUGAAUUAUGGUGACUAGCAAUGACCUACUGGAAAUUACAAUAAGACAAAUAUUGUUCACCACUGCAGUAUUAAAGAUUACCAAAUGAACUAGUACUGCUCACUAAAGCAAUCUUUAUAAAUGACCCUCAUUAGAGCAAUAAGGCCACACAAAUGAGGAAAGUACAUUAAUCCCCUCAUUUUUAUGUUAAACAUAAGUGAGCUGCUCAGUCAUAUCUUUGCCAAUACAUUUCUGCGCUAAUACAUAUUCCUCAUAUUGUCACUGAUGCGUUUGUUUUCCAUCGGUUAGAUUACACCAGAAGAUGGUUAGUAACAGUAAUUUUAAAAGACCACACACAUACAGUUGAGUCAGAAAUUGUAUGUAAUGUACAGUGUACAGUACUGUGUUGCCAGUAGUAACUUGGUUGUAAUUUUUUUUAAAGGAGAUCUAAACCAAAAAAUUAAACACUUUGUUAAAACUUAUCCAGAGUGAGCAUUUUAGCAAUUUAAAUACAUUCUGUAUUUUUAUUGGUUCCUGUGAAAUUAGCAGUUUUAUACUCUUUAUACUAUACUAGCAGCUCUCUCAAGACCAUAAUUAUUAAAGUGUGUAAGCCAACAUUACAACUGCCAGUAGCAACCAAUCAGUUACUAGAUUUGAACGGUCACCUACAAGUUAGAAAACAAAAGCAAAGAUCUGAUUGGUUGCUAUGGGCAACAUCACUGGUGAUGUUUACACACUAUAAUAAAUAUGCCCUUUGAGUGUCAGCAACCUUAAUUGUAUUCAGUUAUACAGCUCAGUCCCUCAGUUGAGCCAAAAGCCAGGUAUUAGUAGUCUAAAAAUGCAAAUAUCUCAGAAAUCACUAAAAAUAGAAAAUAAACAAAAGCUCUCAGAGAAGCACCCUGAGUAAGUUUCCAUCAGUUAUUUUUAUGGGGUUUUGUUCCCCUUUUUACACCCAAAACUAGCAUUCCUUCUUUUUACACACCAGAACUAGUAAUAUACACAAUACAAUGCGAUCAAUAGUUUUUAAAAGUUUUUUAUUUUUGAUUGCCCAACACUGAACAAGUUUCUAACAAGCUGUUUUGGCACUGUUAAAAAUGGUACCAGUUAGAUUUAUAAAUGUAUUCUUGCUUUGUGGAUUGUAGAAUAAUUCAGUAAAAAGGGAUACCCACUAAUUUAAAGGGGUAGUUUGCCAUCCAAACAUUUCUUUACCAGUUUAAUUGAUUUUUUUUUAAUUGCUUUUCAGUGUUUGGACAGAGAUAAAUAAAAAUGUUAACUGAUUAAUUUCCACUUCAAUGCAUUCCAUUGUAGAACCAGUUUUAUAGAAGCCAGUAGAACUUUGUGCUUUUGCAAAUGGUUCUAUUGGCUUCUGUUUUUUUCUUGUUGCUGGAGCAGAGCAGGGCAGCUGCUGGGUGAUCCGCUGGAUUUCUAUUAUUAAUUGGUUUUCUGUGGUUUAGGUUUAAUGCUUCAUUUUCCACCUUCUGGUGUUUCCCUGUCAUAGCUCUGUAUGUAAGGUUUCCAUCCACACUCUUACAACUUGCUACAAUUAGAUGAUACAUUUCUCAGCAACAUCAGAGAAAAGUCUGCAACUAAUGUGUCGGUUAAAGUCAAGAAUUGUAUCAAGCAAUGUAUCAAAUGCUAACAGUUAAGAGUCAGUGUUCCUGCCCUUACUUUGCUGCCCCUGGUAAACACAAGAGGGUGAAAAAUGAAAUCUGACAUUUAAAUAAAUUAACUGCCCCUUGGCAAAAAAAUGCUUUGAAAGGUGAACUACAUCUAUUAAUGUCUCAUAGCCACGCGUGUGUAAACACUAGUUUAAACAAGUUUGACCUAAAGUGUUACCAGCAGGUAUUAAGUGCUUUUUUGUGUACUUUGAUAUUUUUGUAUUUUUAUACAGUAUCUUCUGUUUAUAAAAAAAAAAAUUAGGUAAAAGCAAAAAUAUACUAUACAUCUUUAAAAUCUGAUAUAUACGUGAAGGUGGCUAAUCAUCAUCCCUGAAAAGAAAUAGACAUUUUUUUGUAAUUGUGUAAUGAAAGACAAUGUAAUAAAUUCUCAGCAACUCAUCAUUAAUUUAGUGAUUUUAAAGUUAUAUGUAUAUUGUGAUUGGUCUGUUCCUUGUAAUUUUUUCACUGCUUGUCUGAUGAGAGAAACGAUGUAGCAGAAACAAGCUGUUUCCUACCCAAGACUGAGACUCCAUUUCCCACAUGCCUUCGAUGCUUCUGUGUUUCUCCUUUGCAGGUUUGUCACAUGAGGCACUGAGGGAAUUAAAGUUUUGGUUGGGGGACUUCUGACUAAAGAUCAAUAGUAUGAGUAGUCAGAACAAGCAGUGCAGAGAAUACCAACAGAUUUACACAUACUGCCUUCAAUAGCAGUUACAUUUGUACAUAAUUUUUUUUAAAAAAAACAUUGAAUUUGUUUACCGUAUAUAUAGGAUGCUUGCUUAGAAUGACAUAUUUCUUUCCUUAUGCAAAACAUUGGGUGAACAUCCCCUUUUGAGUUGUGCCCUAUUAUCUUAGUGAUACUGACACCAAAAAAACUACCCUUCAAAAUAUGAAUUUUACCUAUAGGUCAUGUUGAUUUUUUUUUUUGCUGAUAGGGCUGCUUUUGUACAUAACUGUCACUUGAAGUUCCUGAACCUGACUGUUCUGCCAACCUGAUUGUCCCAACUUCUAACGAUAACAGACUACUGCACAAAUAUGGCAGCAGGGCCGUAUUUAUAUAAUGGGGCACCCUAGGGCCAGUGCCUGGGGGGGCAGCGCUUGGGUGCAUGCUUUUUCUUUUUUUUUUUUUGUUAAAAAAAAAAAUUAUUAAAAGCCCCAGCCUCUGCCACAGAUUUCCAUAUGAAAUCUGGGGACAGAGCUGGGGGAAGUCAGGAUGCCCUUUGGGAGUGUAGUCAUGCACAUGGUCCACUUCCGUGAUGUCACACGCACCCUGUAUGGCAGCACCUUCAUAGAGCAACAUGGGGGAUCAGAUAAUCAGAUAGGUAAUAUGCAAACAUUGGGCAAAUACUUUUAAAGUAAAAUUAUAAAUAGCAUACAAGAACAAUGUUGUGAUAGAUUCAUUUCGGGUGUCGGUAUCUAUCUUUAACAGAAAAUAAAGCCUAAACCCUAAUUAAUAUAUUAUUUUUCCUCUUUAUUGAAUAGGCUGUGGAUAAACAGGUAUAUUAUAAUGUACCUACCUUUAAAGAUGUAUACAAAGAGCAGCUAGCCUUUUAGAAAGUGCUGUUUUCUGCAAGAAGCUCACUGGACAAGAAAAAAACCUCAGCAAAUAAAUGAUUGCUUUAGUAAUGCACUGCAUUUUGCACUUAUUUUAAUAUGUGUUUUGUUCUUGUGUGAGAAUGGGUAGUAGAAAGAUCUAACAAGUAAAAGACUUUGCACUUGUGAAUCUUAACAUGCUGUAAACUACAAUAUGAGUGAGCAUGGGAAGACAGGCUUAAAAAACCCACUGCAAUGCUACACAGAUGGGAACAGUUUUAAAACAACUUGGCCACUACCUAGAUAUUGAUAUUAACACCAUUUUAAAUCACAGUUGGGCUAAAUUACUAACAACAAGCUAUCAGCAAUCCAUUUUGAUCAAUUACGACUUACAGGGCAGCAAUGGAACAGCAACUAGAGGUUUUUAUUGGCUAACUGAUAAUCACAGCAAGAACAUAUUAUCUCUCUUUUUUUAAUCUGAUUCAUCUUUACAUAGAUCAGUUAGAAAAUAAAAGUAGAAAUCGGAUUGUUUGCUAUUGGGUAGUAAAUUAGGCCAAACCUAUUAAUUCUAUGUAGACAUAGCAAGGUGUUCCAAGAGUACUGUUUAACCCUUUCAGUGCCACAGGCCUUUAAUCUUACUCUGCCAGGCAUUACAAACACCCAAUGCAUCAAGGUUUAAAAUGAAAGGCUGAAGAGUAAGAUUUAUGGCAUAUUCAGGAUGGUACUUAAACCAGUGCUGUUGAUGUUAUAUUCUAGAGCACAUGGUUAAAGAAAAUGACUUGUUACCAUACCCUUAUACUCAUGACUCGUGUAUAUUACAGCAUGUAAAGUUUAAAAUAAUGUCUUUGUAGCUAUAAAACAGUGUGGGAGGUUAUAGAACAAUGUUAGCUGAGUUAAUGUUAAAUAUGAGUUUUGUGACCAAUGACAUUUGGGAGUAGAGGGCAUCUUCCAUUUGGAAGCCAAAACUGUUCACUAUAUUGUUUGCUCUGCCAAUAAAUCAGUAUUCUUAGCUUUUGUGAUUUAUUUUGUUUGUGCACCUGUAACUUUUGUCUGUUUUAGUACAAUGGACAUUUACUACUUUGGUUUUUUUUU